GGUCUACAGGUUUUCCCUCUUUCCUUGUACUUGAUUGAUGAAGUAAAGUCCUUAAUUAGUAAGGAACUGUCCUCAUCUGGUUGUCUAGGUCUUAAUUGAAAGGAAAAAACAACAACCUGCAGACAUUAGGCCCUCCAUGAGUUUUACACCCCUGGUUUACAUUGUUUGACAGUGAAAUAGCUGAGAAGAAAUUCUAAUUUAGUUUGUGGACUUUGUUAUUUGUAAUGAGAUCAUCAUCUAAUUCCAUGUUUUUGAUUGGUCACUGUAACAGAUAUGGGACAAAGAAGAGGAGGGACUCUGAAGAUUCUGUUACUGUUGACACUCUGUCUGCAAGCCUUCACUGUUCAAUGCCAAGAUUCAGGGCAUCCCUCUGACCUGAGGAUAGUUCUGGUGGGGAAGACUGGAUCAGGGAAGAGUUCAACAGGAAACACCAUCCUGAGGAGGGAGGCGUUUAAAGUAGACUUCUCCCCUGAGUCUGUCACUGAUCACUGUGAGAAACAGAGUGGAGUGGUGGAUGGGAGGAAGAUUGAUGUCAUCGACACCCCGGGGCUCUAUGACACAACAAUGUCUAAAGAAGAGAUGAAAAGUGAAAUAGAAAAGGCCAUCUACAUGUCAGUCCCAGGACCCCACGCCUUCCUGCUGGUGAUCAGACUGGGGAGGUUCACAGAGGAGGAGAGGAACACUGUGAAGUGGAUCCAGGAGAACUUUGGAGAAGAAGCCUCAAUGUACACCAUCAUUCUGUUCACCGGAGGAGACCAGCUGGAAGACAAAUCAAUGGUGGACUUUCUAAGUGAGAGUGAGGAGCUUAUGAAACUCAUCAAGGUCUUUAAGGGCAGAAAUCAUGUCUUCAAUAAUAAAAAGAAGAAUGACAACACUCAGGUCCCAGAGAUGCUGAAGAAGAUAGAUGAGAUGGUGAUGAAGAAUGGAGGAAAACACUACACCAAUGAGAUGUACCAGGAGGUCCAGAGGAAGAUCGAAGAGGAGGAGGAGAGGAAGAGACAGGAGAAGAAGGAGAGAGAGGAGGAGGCGAAGAAGAAACAAGAGGAGGAGAUCAGAAAACGGGAAGAGAAGGCGAGAGAGGAGGAAAGGAAGAGACAGGAGGAGAAGAAGAAACAAGAGGAGGAGAUCAGAAAAUGGGUAGAGAAGGCGAGAGAGGAGGAGAGGAAGAGACAGGAGGAGGAGAAGAGAAAGGAGGAUAAGAAGAAACAUGAGGAGGAGAUCAGAAAACAGGUAGCAAAGGCGAGAGAGGAGGAGAGGACGAGACAGCAGAGGACGAGGAAGUCGUCGUCAAAUGGCUUUUUGGGAUUGUUAGCAACUGUUUUCACAGCGGUGGUAGCAGGACCAUUAGCAAUUCCAGUUGGAGCUGCUGUAUUUGCAAAUGAAUUAGCUGAACAUUUAGACGAUUUUGCAGCACAUAGCUUCAGCUCUCACAGUCACAACAGGGGACAAUUAACAGACACGUGCAACUACACUAAAACAGAGAUGGAACGAGGAAGAGGAGGGACUCUGAAGAUUCUGUUCCUGUUGACACUCUGUCUGCAAGCCUUCACAGGUCAAUGCCAAGAUUCAGGGCAUCCCUCUGACCUGAGGAUAGUUCUGGUGGGGAGGACUGGAUCAGGGAAGAGUGCAACAGGAAACACCAUCCUGGGGAGGGAGGGGUUUAAAGUGGGGGCUUCUCCAGUGUCUGUGACUACACAGAGUGAGAAACAGAGUGGGGAGGUGGAUGGGAGGAAGACUGAUGUCAUCGACACCCCGGGGCUCUAUGACACAACAAUGUCUAAAGAAGAGAUGAAAAGCGAGAUAGAAAAGUCCAUCUAUAUGUCAGUCCCAGGACCUCACGCCUUCCUGCUGGUGAUCAGACUGGGGGUGAGGUUCACAGAGGAGGAGAGGAACACUGUGAAGUGGAUCCAGGAGAACUUUGGAGAAGAAGCAUCAAAGUACAUCAUCAUUCUGUUCACACAUGGAGACCAGCUGGAGGACAUGUCAUUGGUGGACUUUCUAAGUGAGAGUGAGGAGCUUAUGAAACUCGUCAAGGUCUUUAAGGACAGAAAUCAUGUCUUCAAUAAUAAAAAGAAGAAUGACAACACUCAGGUCCCAGAGCUGCUGAAGAAGAUAGAUGAGAUGGUGAUGAAGAAUGGAGGAAAACACUACACCAAUGAGAAGUACCAGGAGGUUCAGAGGAAGAUCGAAGAAGAGGAGGAGCAGAAGAAGAAAAAGUGGGGGAUUAAUAAGAAUAAGUUACUGGACCUUUCGGGAAAGGCUGUGGGAAUGAUAGCAACUGGUGUCACAGCGUUGGUUUCAGGACCAGCAGCUAUCGCAGUUGGAGGUGCUGUAUUCUUAAGAGAUGUAUUUGACCUUUUUUACGAUUCUAAUUUCUCCACCCACCUGGGGCAUCUGCUAAGCAAAACCAGCAGGACCACUGCUUCAGGUCUCUGUGACAACAGGGGACAACAAUAUACAGAUCAGUGCAACACUAUAAUGGUAGAAAUGGAACGAAGAAGAGGAAGGAUUCUGUUCCUGUUGACACUCUGUCUGCAAUACUUCACUGGUCAAUGCCAAGUUUCAGGGCAGCUCUCUGACCUGAGGAUAGUUCUGGUGGGGAAGACUGGAUCAGGGAAGAGUGCAACAGGAAACACCAUCCUGGGGAGGGAGGGGUUUAAAGAAGACUCCUCCCCUGAGUCUGUUACCUCACACUGUAUGAAGCAGAGUGGAAUGGUGGCUGGAAAGAAGAUCAAUGUGAUUGACACACCAGGACUCUUUGACACAAAAUUGACUGAUACGGAAAUGAAAAGUGAAAUAGAAAAGGCCAUCUAUAUGUCAGUCCCAGGACCCCACGUCUUCCUGCUGGUGAUCAGACUGGGGGUAAGGUUUACAGAGGAGGAGCAGGACACUGUUAAGUGGAUCCAGGAGAACUUUGGAGAAGAAGCCUCAAUGUACACCAUCUUGCUGUUCACACAUGGAGAUCAACUGAAGGGAAAAUCAGUGGAGGAGUUUCUGGCUGAGAGCAAAGAGUUACGGAAACUCAUCAAUAUCUGUGGGGGCAGAUAUCACUCCCUAAUCAAUGACAAGAGAAAACACAACACUCAGGUCCCAGAGCUGCUGAAGAAGAUAGAUGAGAUGGUGAUGAAGAAUGGAGGAAAACACUACACCAACGAGAUGUACCAGGAGGCCCAGAUGAAGAUCAAAGAAGAGGAGGAGAGGAAUAAACAGGAAGAGGAUAAGAGAGAGAAAGAGAGGCAACAGAAGGAGAGAGAAAGGAUCAGAAGAGAAGAAAUAUUGUCUCGAUGCAAGAUAUCAGCAUUGGUCAGUUCGGCUGUAUUGGGGUGGGGAUACAAAUUCUCAUCUCCAUUGUGGUUAGCAGCAGGGUCUGUAUCAGCUGUUUUUGAAGGCUAUCAAUGCAUGGAUGCUUAUUUCAAUUGGGGUGGUUCUGACCCAAAAGAGCACGAGGAAUAGGAUUCCACCAUCUCAGAUUGUUCUGAAGUUAAGAUUAGUUUUCAAGCUAUUUUUUUUUGGGGGGGGGGGGGGGGAUAUAAUUUGAUCACUGAGAAAUUAAGCAAAUUGAUUGCACCCAAAUUGGCUAUUUUAAUUGAUAAGAUAUUCAAUAAAUAUACACUAUAUAUACAAAAGUAUGUGGACACCCCUUCAAAUGAGUGGUUUCG